AUGUCAAGAUUAGAAGUUUAUUCACCAGAAGGUUUACGUCAAGAUGGCCGUCGUUGGAAUGAAUUAAGAAGAUUUGACUGUUCAAUAAAUACACACGCACAUACAUCGGACGGUUCAUCAUAUCUUGAGCAAGGUAAUAAUAAAGUGAUCACUAUAGUAAAAGGUCCACAAGAGCCUCCAUUAAAAUCUCAAUUGGAUCAAACUAAAGCUACUUUAAAUAUUUCUUUAAACAUUACACCAUUUUCUAAAUUCGAAAGAUCAAAAACUCAACAUAAAAAUGAAAAAAGGAUUUUAGAAUUGCAAACAAUUUUAAUUAAAACUUUUAAGAAAAAUAUUUUAAUGCAUUUAUACCCAAGAACUUUGAUAGAUAUUCAAAUCCAUGUUUUACAACAAGAUGGUAGUUUAUUAUCUUGUUUGAUCAAUGGUAUCACAUUAGCCCUAAUUGAUGCUGGUAUUGCGAUAUAUGAUUUUAUCUCUGGGAUUUCUAUUGGUCUUUUUAAUGAAACUCCAUUAUUGGAUUUAAAUUCUCAAGAAGAAAUUGUAAUGAGUUCUGUUACGUUGGGGGUAGUUGGUAACUCAGAAAAGUUAUCGUUAUUAUUUAUUGAAGAUAAAUUACCAUUAGAUAUAAUGGAAAAUGUAUUAGCUAUAGGGAUAGCUGGUGCUCAUAGAAUUAAAGACUUGAUGGAUAUAGAAUUGAAAAGGCAUGCUAAGGAGAGAUUAUUGAAACAAAGUAAAUAA